ACUACGUCCAUCUCUCCUCCAGAGUACUCUGCUUUAGGUCCUGUCCCCUUGGCAACACCGUCCUUGCAUUCCAGACGUCUCCUGUGUUUUUGCUGCCCAGGAGAUAAUAUUCAUGGCUACCAGACAUUUGCGUCAGUGACAGAUAGUCUCAAUGCCAUCAUGCCCCAGCUUGGCUCAGUAAAGAACUCAGGAGACAGAAGGAGCUGGGCAGAUUCAACAUAAGAGCCAGUCCAUCUCAUCCACGCGGUGAGACUUCCCUACAGACAUCCUCAGUGCCUUACACGCGGGCGAGAACAUAUUUUCCCCCCCUUUGCAGGAACUUCACACACCGUGCAUCUCAUUCCCUUGUGCCUGAUGGAUCAAGGCUCUCUACACCUCUGGACCAGGAUGAACUCCAUGCUGAUCCUGCAGCUGAUUUUGCUGGGUCCUGCUGCUGUUGCUGGCUGCAACAGGGAUGCCGACAAGCCACUCAUCCUGGCUAAAAUCAAGGCACAUUUCCAGGACUUCCUUGGUCCUGUCCCCCAAGGUGAAAGGGUCCAAAGGGGACAAAGGGGGCUCAACAAGCGGCAUACCUUGGACACACCAGUGACUCGCAGCUUGGAGGAAGAAGAUAUAUCCCAAGUGAUUGCCUUCCCAACCCAAGAGGUACCCUGUGAGCCACUUCAGCCAGACGAGCUUCCAGAGGAUGAGGGCGUUUUCACCUACAUUUUUCAACCCUCCAUACAUAUCCUGAGUCGUGAGGUGACAUCAGCCCAGCUGUGGUUCUACACAGGCCCUGUGAUUGUUCAGAACAGCCCCUUAGAAGAAGCUGCCUCCAACAACUCCUUCCCAGAGAUACUGACGCUCUCUGAGGAAGGCCAGGUUCCUCUGGCUACCAUGGCAAUGGCAGCUCCGGAGGGCUGGACGGUCUUUCAUUUUAGAAGAUCCUUCUUCCAUUACCUUUCCCAGAAUGUAUUUGUGCUCUUCAUUCGUUGCCUAGGCUGCCCCUGUGUGGCUGAUGCUGAAAAGAUGCCCUUCCUUGUGGCAACCACCAAACCCAAGGCACGAGACCGGGCCCGGCGUUCCGCCAGAGAAAAUUUUCUAGCUACUCUCCCUUUGUACCAGCAUAAUGCUACGCCCCAUGACAACUGCCAACGCAGCUCCAUCAGCAUCUCUUUUGAAGAACUAGGAUGGGACAACUGGAUCGUGCAUCCUAGCAGCUUUAUGUUUCACUACUGUCAUGGAAACUGCUCUGGCAUCCAGACAAUGAUUGGCAACUCCCAGAAAUGCUGUGCUGCCUUGCCAGGCACAAUGCAGUCUCUGAGAGUCCGUACCACCUCAGAUGGUGGCUACUCCUUCAAGUAUGAGAUGGUGCCCAACAUCAUCACUCAGGACUGUGCCUGCAUAUAGCAAUAACUCAGCUUUAGCAAUAUAAUGCUUUCCUAAAGGAAAACUAUUGCCUUGCUCAAAUCUGUUUGCUCUAGACCCUCUGCAGCAAGAUAUCUUCUUCAUAUGAACCCAGAACUAAGCCCUUUCUACUCAGGGCUUAAUAGUGCCAGUGCCUUAUUUUUUCAAUGUGAAGACUGGCACCUUUGGCCUUCACAGCCAGAUUUGGAGGCUUUACAACAUCUCAUUUGCCUUUGGAUUUUUUUUUAUUAACAGAAGCUAAAAUCAGAACGGAGAAAUAAGAACUGGGUGGAGAAGCUGCUUAAUCUUCCCCUUUUGUUCACUCAAAAGUGCCUCUGCUUAGCUGAUCUCCCACCCACAGAAUAAUUUCAGGUUAGAAAGGGUGAUAUUGAGCAGACAGGAAGGGAUAUGAUAAAUAGUCCUCCUCUUCCUCCUCGAUCGCCUCCAUUUGUUCCCUCUUGAUGACAGCCCACAAGGAAAGCAAAUGAAUGCAUGUAUUGUAGUUUUGCCUGACUGCCUUGAAUCUAUGUCUCUGGACAGAAGAAGUGCAGUCCUGUUUUCCAAAACUAGAAAGAGUUUAAGGAGUUUCACAGACUGAGAAAAAGAAUAGGGUGGUGAAAAUUCUUAUUAAUCAUAGAAACAGCCAUACACUCUUUCAGUUAACUUGCCCUAAAAAUUUUCUGAAUUCUAGGGGUCUGAAUGCUUCCUUUUAUAAAAUGGAGAGAAAUAAAGGCCCAUUU